UACCCGCCUGUUCAUUGGUCUACCUUGCACCCACCAAACGUUAACUGCUUUCUUGCUCUCUUCUUACUUCUGUGCACACCCCCCUCAACGCUAUUACCAUCCAUAUAUAUCACCCCCGUCGCACACAUUCCCCAUUCCUCCGUCUCCUGUUGCUGCUGCUACUGCUCUGUACUAUACUCGCUGUACUGCCCAUGUACAUAUACACACGGUAGCCCGGCAACGCUCGACACCACUGUACUGUUCGCAAUGAAGAGAAAGUUUGCUUUCAACCUUGCGCCCGUGAAGGUGCCGCCCCAAGCCAAACAAUCGUCCGAGUCCACUUCGCAAUCGCAUCGCCGACAUGUCAGCAAGGACAGCAUACCGUCGUUGGACUCUCCCCGUAUCAGUCGUCGCCAUCUUGACGCCGUCACAGAACGCGAGUUGCGCGUAGCGUGCAAGCUGAUCCUUCAGAACUUCAAACCCUCCGAUGCCGACUUUGCCGAUAACGACCCAAAGCUAGAUUUCAGCGGCCCUCACAAACGAAGAGAAGAUCCUGUCGCGGAACCGCAAAUACCCCAUCUCGUCAAAGACGUCAAGGUCUACCGACCCACUGGUGCACCCGCCAACACAAAAAGCACCCGCGAUGCAACGAGACAUGCUCAGAAGCCAGACCCUACCGUCAAGGCCUACCCCGAUCUGCCUAUGCUGGCAAACAGCAGCCGCCGGAGAGACUUAUCUUCCGGGGAGAAGAAUAUUGAGAGAGGUCGGUCUACCAAGGUGUCUGAGCGCGAGCGCGGCGUUGCCAAGUCAGUACCCAUUCGAGUCGACGUCGAUUCAGACGAUGCAAAGAGCCUAGCCACACCUUUAACAGCAUCGACCGACCCCCAUAACAACCAUGGCUCAACAGCGCCAACCUCCAUAGGCUCUCACAGAGGCUCGCGUCAGUACGAUAGUGCAGCAGCUACUGCAGACGCUCAAGCUGCCGAGUGGAUGCGGCAUGAGUUUGACAAGCGUCGACCAAAAGACAGCGCAAACGUGUUCCCGGACCCACCUCAAUCUUCCCACAGACCAUCUAGUCGAGCGAGCAGCUUAAAGGCCGGCAUCCGUGAUUACAUUUUCCCAGCUUCUAGAACUCUGAGCCGUACUCCCUCCCAAGCUUCUUUACGUACCACAGACAGUCAAGCUUCGGGACAGAUUAGACGUAGUGGAUCUACAACUGGCUGGCGAAGCUGGGGCUUGCAGCGCAUGACUAGUUCGCGCAGUAGUAGUCGUCCGGGCACAUCGAGCGGACGGGCAGAACGUGUGGAGCCGGAGAAGAAGUCCGAAGUUGACCUGAACCGAAAACUCCCUCCUCUACCCAGCCUGGAUACCUGGAAAGACCCUGAGGAAGAGAAGAAGGAACAACCGAAAGUCCAAGUCAAGGGUGGUCACAUUGCGAGUGUAAUGCGCACUCAAGGCCAGCAGCAACAGCAAGAGUAUGCAGCAGCCGUGCGCAAACAUCACCGAAAGGCCGGUUCCGAUUCUAUACCAUUGCGAAUGGCGAAGACGCGAACCUCUUCCAAUGUAACGCCUGUUCCUCAACAAAACACAUCACAUAAAAGCACGGUAUCAUCAACAGAUCGUUCCAAAGAGAUUGACUCCAUGAUGUCGGUCAUGUCCUCUUCACGGAAUUUCGACGAGUUACUCACGCUACACCCCGGCGGCCCCCCACCCCGAAAAAGUACGAGCUCCAUCUCGCGAUCGCCUCAUGUAGGACCAAGCAGCGAUAGCCGCUCGCCCGCCCCUAAUUUCUCACGCAAAAUCAGCAGUGAGAUCUCCUCGUCGGCAGUUUCUCCGCGGGCAAACGCAUAUUCGAACACCGUGGAAAUUUCAGUCGGGGAAGCCCCUGCAGAGAAGCAAGAACAGAAGAGUAAAAUGAGGCAAGUUUUCGGUGGGUGGAUGCUUAAGAAGGAUAAGAAGGAAGAUUGGAUGCAGAAGGUCGAGAAGAAGGGUGUCAAGGGCGGCAUCAUGACGCAGGACGCAGCACUUCCGCCCGUCGUGCGAUAUUAACACGCUUCACUUGUGUUCAUAGCAGAGGAUCAUUUUUCUACUUGACCAUCGGCAUGCUCUUCUACUCCUGUCAGCAGGUCUGGCGGAUGCUUUUUUUUAAUGUUACGUCUCGGUACUCAGCACGUGCUAUGUUGCGUUUCUGGGUCUUAUAAAAACUUUUUAAUCUCAUUAUCAUCAUACAUACGACAGUCAAAAAGGACUGCCAUUAUUAGUGUAACUUUAGUAAUGCAAACCUAUUCACCAAUCUUGCGAUAAGGACUAAAUGGCUCAGUAGGCAUCUCAACGCAACAGCGAAAUUCACCGCUGAAGCAAAUUCCUAGUCGAUAUCCUACCUAAUAUGCCUUGACUCGUUUCUGACAGUAUCGACAACUACCGACACAGAAAACGAAAUGCCGUGCGUUGGCGCGUUUCGUUGAUGCCUUGUCAAUCCGGCAAAACCGACCAGCUUCUUUCUCUCCUUCUUUCGCCUAAAUAUAAAGGAAGAAUUAUAAUGCAUGCAAGCAAGCAUCAAACUCCUUCUCGUUUCGUACCUUUUUCUUUUCUCUUGUUCCUGGCGUUUCGAAAUUGUGGGGGAGGGGUCGUCGCGAUACAGAUAUGCAAACAUGAUAUAUUACAGGGAUGGGCUUACAACUUGCGGAAUUUUCCUCUUCCUUCUUCACUCCUCCCUUGUUUGGAGAUUGAUUU